CUACAAAUUAAUAAAUGAAAUGAAAUUAAUAAAAUAAAUAAAUGUUUCCUUAAGUUUAUACAUGUAUGUUUGUAUUUAUGCACACAAUACACCCACAAAUAUAUUAUGCAAACACAAACUUUUAUUUUGUAUGCGAUUAAUCGUGAUUCAUCUUUUGACAGCCCUAAUAUAUACAUAAUUAUUAUACACGUAUAUGAACAAAAACUUUUAUUCUGCAAACUAUAUCUUGGCAUUGUAAGCAACUUAAUUUUUUUAUAUAAAAUUAUUGGUAGUUUCAUGCAUCUUUAUUUAAGCUCAAAGCAUAUCGGAUCCCACGCCCCCCCAAGGGAACCACUGGUAUACAUUAUCAAAGUUUACAUCUUAGUAUAAUGUACGACAAUUAACUACAACUUGUUAUGCUGUAGAAAAUCCUAAAACUUCAAAUGUGUUACCUGUUAAGGUGUGAUGUGACUUUUCUUAGUGAUUUAAUGUAAGAUUUUCCCAUUGACUUUCUAUAAAGGAGGAGCCAAUAUCUACUAUUUCCAUUGGGCCCAGUUACCAAUCCUCUAGCAAGGCCCUCACAUCCACCCAGACCACACAAGUAUCACGACAGCGAGUUUAUCAUUCCCUACAUUCCCUUCAUGAAAUGUCUAAAUAUUCACAUUGUACUGCACGUCACCCUAUAAAUAAAUCCACACCACAGACGGUCACUAAACAGUGAAGAAGACUCAAGCACAUCGAUCGAUCGAUCGGUAUGGCGUCCGCAGGUGUGAUAUUCUAAGCUAAUGUCCUUGGUGCCUUGUGUCUGUGUUCAUCUUCCAAAGCAGAUUCCCUCUGGCUUUCCCUCCCUUCCUGUGUGCCGGGAUCGUGGCGCUCCGGUGUGAGCAGAAAUCUAUUUCUGUCCGUGUAUAUUCCUCUCCAGCCGCAGUCAUUGCCAGCAGCGUGUUGUCACGGUGAUGGACGUCUCCACCGGCCUCCCUCCACCAAUCAACACGCAAGUGUUUAUGCCAAGAAACAUGAUCAUUUUCCAUUUACUUCCCACUGCUCGAGUGAGUACGAGUAUUGUGGCAGAGCCUAACAGAGAGCAGUCGGUAUAAAAUAAGACUCUUGGCACUCACACGUUGAGGAUGAGAAAUUUGUCCUGUUCCUGCCACUGGACCUGACCCGGCAAGCUUGAGAAAGCCUUCAAAUCCAUCACAAUUUCUCGGACAGAGACAAUGAUGACGUUGGCAGUUUGCCUUCAGAAACACCCUGCUCAGGUCAUGAUGACUUGUAGUCGCCAGUCUUAAGCUUAUAUAGAGAUGGAGACCAUUUUUAAACAACUGGACUGAAGUAUACUUUUGAACAUGUGGAAGAGAUAACUCCACUGUUUUCUGAAAAUUAUGCUGUUGGACUGACUGUUGUUCAAUCACAGGAAAUUAUUUAUUGUGCUGAAGGAUUAACCCUGUUAAGAGUGUCCAUUGAUAAAGAAAACAACCUUUCAUCAACGUAACGUGAUGUUGGUUAUGACAAAACUAAGGCAAUGUAGCAACUGAAGUUAACAAAGAGACAUACUGACUAUGGAGGCUAACAAAUCCUCCAGUAAUGCAGAGCGAUCCAAGCAGACGGUCAGUUUUAAAGAUGACAAAAAACACUUGUCAUUUGAGAUGACACAAAGACUCCAAUCCUCUGGCUCAGAGGACAAAAUAAGAGUGGCAGAUCAACCUCAGACAGCUGCUGAAAGUUCAUCUGCUGGUAUGGAGUCACAGGCCCUCCCUUCAGGAAGUACUCUUACCUCAAAAUCUGGAGAACAGUGUCACGUUCGUCUCAGGAGAAAGACCAUUUCUCUCCCGAACAAACAGUAUCUUCAAUCGGAAUAUGAUCUUCAGCUGUCCGAGGGCCCGCAUAGAAAAGAGCAGAAAUCUGGGAAGACUGGAAAAUAUGUAUGCCAGUAUUGUGGAAGAGCUUGCGCCAAACCCAGCGUGUUGAAGAAGCACAUCCGUUCUCAUACAGGUGAGCGGCCGUAUCCGUGUAUCCCUUGUGGUUUUUCAUUUAAAACCAAGAGCAACCUGUACAAACACAGAAAAUCUCACGCCCAUGCAGUGAAAGCCGGGUCGGUUCCGUAUUCGGAACAAGACAGCAAGCAUGCAGAUGAAGAGUUGACAGCCGGGGAAGGUGAGAUGCACUCCGAUGCAGAGCAGAGUACUGAUACCGAUGAAGAGGCCACAGAGGAUUUGUCUUUGGAUACCACAAUCCAUAACAAAGAUACAGAUAUUUUCAUUACAGAAAAGAGUAAAAAAGCAGCAAAAAAAGACGAUGUGUUGCUCUCCACCCCAAGUUCACUCAAAAAGGAAACUACAUCAUCGGGAAAAGUGUCUUUGUGGCAGUUUCGAGAAAUGAUGGCACCGCCAGCGAUUGCUCAGGUGGACCAAAUGGUGGAGUUCGCCACCAUCAAGAAAAGAUUGGCACUCAGGCUGUCAGAGAAGAAAAGUCAAGACUCUGAACAGUCUCUUUCUCUGCCCAGUUCUUACAGUAAGGGUAGCACCGAUUCCGGAUACUUCUCGCGUUCCGAGAGUGCCGAACAACAGUUCAACCCGGCAAGUGCGAGUGCCAAGUCCUAUCAAGAAAUCAUGUUUGGAAAAUGUUAUAAACCGACUGCCAGACCAAAGCAAUCAAUCACCGUACAGACCUGUAUGACGGACAUAAAUGAAGCCACGUCAAGUUUCAUGAUAAAACUAAACAAAAGCACUAAGCCAGGUGAUCUAGAAUCCUGUGUACAUCGGAGCAAAAAAGACCUUGUUCGAUCGUUAAAAAUUGAUUCUUUGCAAGAGGAAGAUUACCAAGAUCCUGAUAUGUAUCAAGGUAGCACAGAUCUUUUGGAAACGCCAUUAGAGAGUGGCAUGUUCUUACGCAGCAACUCUCUUCCAACGUCAUCUAAUUCAAAUCUGAAUGCGCCACAAGGACUAAGAAGCAGUAAUUCAUUCGAUGAAAGAAUGACAGGUGCUGAUGUCACUUACCGGGGGGCGGUGGGUAUAAGAAGACUCAUGCGUCAAACUGCGUUUGAACACUCAGCUAAUGAGGGACAUGGGGAAUCAGACUGUUACACUCACCUGGCUUGUAGCCUGAAAUCUGAGUUAAAAAUUGGCACUGAAAGCUAUCAAGAAACUGAGUCAUGGCCAGUCUCCCAAAGCCAAAUGUCAGAAACAUCCACAAGAAAACGAAGAAAAGACAAAAGUGUUAUGGAGGAAGAAGAUUCUCAAAGUCAAGGGUCUCUAAACAUAUCUAAGAUGAAGGAAAGUGCUUUAGAUACUGGCUUCUCUGAUACUGAGAGAAGAGCUGGCAGCAAUGUUAUCUCAGUAAUUCAGCAUACGAAUAAAUUAAACUGGUCAAACGCCUCAGAGACGUCAUCAGACAUUAAAUCACAUAGUGCAGACAAAGCUGCCAAAUUCAAUGAAAAGGAGCAUAGGAUAGAGGGUCAUGGAAAUGACACAAAUCGUAGCUCGGAAAGAAUAGACUGGCAAUGGGGUAGCAGUGUAAACCUGAAACCUCACAUGAUGAAGCAGCAGCUAGCGUCUCAGUCCAGUAUCCAAGUGCCAGAGAUUAGAGUAACAGUGGAGCCUGACAGACCAGACAAAAAUCCAGAUGCAGGGGUCAAACAAAGAGAGAAGCACACUGAAGAGUUCCAGUGGCCGCAAAGGAGUGAGACGCUGUCACAGUUUCCAGUGGAAAAACUACCACCCAAAAAGAAACGGUUGAGAUUAGCGGAGAUGGAAUGUUCUUCUGGCGAGUCCAGUUUUGAAUCUGCUUGCACAAGUCUCUCCAGAAGUCCUAGUCAGGAUAGCAAUUUAUCUCACAGUUCAAGCUUCUCCCAGUCACUCGACAGAGAGGAGAUCCUUAAUAUCGCAUCUCAAAACAAUACAGAUGAGUUUAAUAAGCCAUUGGAGUUCUUAUCAGUUCCACCGAUUUCCCAGAGUCAUCACAAAGAAAUGCGACGGUCUGCAUCAGAGCAAGCACCCUAUAACUUUCCUAUAGAGGUUUCGGAGUUUAGAAGCAAGUCAUUCGACUUUGGAAGUCUGUCUCCAUCAUCUACAUUUAGACAGGAGGAUGUUAAAGAACGUAGAAGGGGCUUCUUAGUUAGACAGACAUCUUUAAGUGGCGAACCCGAUGCUUGCUCUACAAGCAAACAAUUUUCAGUUGAGGGAUCCAUUGAAGAAAUGAGAUGUUCUUUAACUUCAGGUCCCCCAUUUCAGCAGCAUAAACAAAUCUCAUCUGAUAAGCAUUACACCAAACCCAAUGUUUGUCUCGACAUUGAUAGUGUAACGCGUCUAAUUAAGAAGGAACCUGAAGAUUUCCAGGCAGCUGAUACUUAUAUCAGCUUAAGGAACCCACAGGAAGAUUGUUCACAGAGCUUGGGCAAUGUUUUGACCACAAUAGCAGUACUUUCACAAGCUCAACAAGCAUUAGCCAGUCAAAGGAUGUCCAGUUUACUGGUUCCUGUGCGAAUUCAGAUGCAAGUGCCAUCCUAUGGAAGCGUAACAUACACAAGUAUAUCUCAUAUUCUGGAUUCUCAAACACAAAAUCCUAUCUUGUGUGUAGAAAGCAAGAAAUCCAUCUGUGAGAGUUUCACUGGUAUCAAUAACACAGCAUGUGAACCAUCUCAAAUUUCAAGGCAAGCCAGGGGACAACUGCGCAGCCCACAGGCAUCACCGGCAAAGCUUAAUACAGGUAUCCCUUUGUCGUUAACAUCUAAAACCAUCUCGACCACUGAGGCCCCUAGUGGCAGCGCAAACAAGCGCAUGCUUUCUCCUGCGAGUAGCAUUGAGCUCUUCAUCGAAGCAAAGCAACAAAAACGAGUUAAAGAUGAGAACAUUUACGGACAGAUUGUGAAAGAGCUAGGUGCUGUGGAGUUAGGAAAUCUUAAAAGUGAAAAAGAAUGUCCCAAGAACAUUUUUGAAUCUGCAAAUAUCCAGGAGCCCACAGAGGAGGUAGAUAUGGAUGAGGUCAACUUAGAUUCAUACCCCAAUGCAAAGUUACAGUCACCUGCCAGUAAUCCUCAAGAUGCUGCUAUGAUGGAAUGCAAACCAACAGCAGAUCGCACGAUGGUUACUCGAUAUACUGCCUUAGGUGCUAUGCCCACUGAGAUCACUGGUGCUUUACUAUUCUCCAAGUUUCCAGGGCUUCAUACUACUACUUGUGUAAGCUGGUGCUAUCUUAACUCAACUAAGCCAAAUAGCACCCAAACAGCCACCCAGUUUUCAGAGUAUGCCUCGUGGUUCAUGAGAUGCCAUAACCCCAACCCACCCAGUCUUAACACGGGGAUGGUUCUUGCUCUUCUCCGAUCCAAACAAAGGAGGCAAGAUGUGGUUUAUACGAUCGCUACCAUGUAUCAACCUGGAUUACUUGUUACCUCCACUCCAUGGAGACAAAAACAAGAACAACUAACUCUGGAAUACAAUGAGGAAGAGAAAAAACAUGACGUAAGACUGAAAGACAUUGGCCAGAGAUGCAAAUCCUUACGAGAGGACGUUGCAUUGUCUGUACGUCAACCAGAACCAACGCGUGUAAGGAUUUUCGAAGGAGGCUAUAAGUCCAAUGAGGACUAUGUGUAUGUGAGGGGCCGUGGCAGGGGAAAGUAUAUUUGUGAAGAGUGUGGUAUUCGUUGUAAGAAGCCGAGCAUGCUCAAGAAACACAUCCGAACUCACACCGAUGUGAGACCUUAUGCCUGCAAGUGCUGCAAUUUUGCCUUUAAAACUAAAGGGAAUCUUACCAAGCAUAUGAAGUCAAAGUCUCAUAUGAAAAAAUGCCUCGAACUGGGAGUUUCACCCACUGCUAUUGACAGUACAGAGGAUGCAGAUGACCUCCAGAAGUCCCCAGAUAUCAGGACAGCAGAAACACCCAUUAAACAUCAAUUCUCAGAUGUGGAGGACUCUGAUGGUGUCGACGAGGAUGGGGAUGAGCCAGAAGAUGAGGAAGACGAUGAAUGCGAUGGUGAUUCUACACCAAAAACGCUGUCCAGAAGCACAAGUCCUCAGCCCUAUGCAGUCAACAAGCCAUUUUUCUCCAGCCGUAUCACUAAACCAUAUCACGACACAAGCCUCAAUCCAUCGAAGGAACAGCUUGAAAUUUCAUCCCCGGGUACUGAGGAUGAUUUCACUUAUUCAGAGCUCUGCUCACCUCAACUGUUGUCACCUUGUUGGGACUCACCUCGCCCGAGGUACACAUGCCCUAGAGGAGACGUGUCACCCCUGGGCCAUUUGUUGUCAAGCCGUGAUUCGUCUCCCCUGAGGGCUGUUUCUCCGAGGAGAGAUCUGAGUAUCAGAGGGGAUUUCUCACCUAUUCAGCAGCUCUCACUUGUAAGACCUGCAAGUUCUGACUCAAUAGGACGAGCACAGUCUCCAAUGGGUCGACAAAAAGGGGUUCUCAGGGCAGCGUCCCCACGCAGGGGCUCUUACCAGCACCGGGCCCACGUGGAUCAGGGAAGGAGUGUCAGAUUUCAGACUUCGCCCCAUAGACCAGUUUUUGAAGUACUCUCGGAUAUGGGAAUGGAUCAAGUAGAUGCUCCUCUGUAUGUUCCUGUCGGCCUAUGCAGCUCUAAAGAUCCAUCUACCAGACUGCAGCCAGACAUCCUCAGCCAUUUACCUUUGCACUCUCAAGGGCAGGUGCCAACACCUGUUCCAAUGAUCCCUAUCGGGGGAUUAAGGAUGCCCUCCACAUCUUCACCUGGUGCUGCUGGGGAGAGAAAUUUCCUCCCGUCAAUUCCAAAAGGGAACAUAUCAGAAAGUUCUUGCAACACCUCAGCCCCCAUCCCAGAUCCUGGAUUAGCCCACGGUGGGGAGAUGCCUCACACCAGCCUUCCCCACAAAGAUGAUAGAAAGGAAGAGAGUGUCCAGAUCUGUGCAAAAGCUAUUGCGUCCCUCCGAAUAACAUCUGAUGAUGCAACUGAUAAAACCCCUAAAAGUUGAUUUUUAAUUCACAUUUGAAAGCGAAGCUGAAUUUAAGCUUUGGCCAGGAACAUCACGCAGUAUGCAAAUGUAGAUGUAAACGCUUGGCCAACUCAUUGCAAGUGUGCAGUUCUAUUGAACAAACCUGACUUUGCAUUUUCUGGUGGUCAGCAACCUCAGUUCUCUACUGUACCUUUAAAUGUCUGUGCCAUGAAACUCAAUGUGUUAUUCAGGUAAUUUGCUACAAACAAUCUCUCCUUUACCGUGAUUAUUGAUUAUUCCACCUGAAAGAUACCACAGGACCAUAACAACAGAAACCGACAGCUAAUCUCUGCUAAAGAGCCUUUUGUGACAAUGCAUACUUGCGUGUCAUUAUGAAUCGUGGCCUUAAGUGUCAAGUGGUCGAAGUUUGACCGGUCAUCAGUAAGUCCCUGCAGGCAGAUGCCAUAAAUACACCAUUGUGGGGCAAAAUUGAGAUGAAAGGUAGUGUAAAAAGCUUUUUUAAUGCAAUGCAAUUCAGUGUGUUUAGCCAGAAACAUCUGUAUUUAUGUAUGAACUUAAGGGUAUUAUGUUUUACCAUCUGACCAUGCAUCUUUGGAGUUUGGUAAUGCAGUAUCCAGUAAUGCACAGAUUAUGCACAGGAUCUGACAAUAAUCACAUAAUAUUACAUAUUAUAAAUAAGAUGCGACUUUAACAGGACAUUUAAAGCAUUUUCCAGCAGGAAUUACAGAAACAUACGAUACAUUCAUACAGAUGUCAUUCAUCUUCAUUGACUUCUGCUUGUGCCUUUUAAGAAUAUGUCUGCAUAUCCCCUCAAUGAGAUACGGUCAUUAGCGGUUUCUGCACUUAAUAGUGGUGGUUAUUUAGUUGAGCUAAUAUGAGAUAUUGUGAUUGCUUUAAAGAUUGCACUUACCUGUAUGCUAAAGUUUGCAUAUUGCAUUAAGAUGUGCUAUAAUGUUGCCUUUGAUGCUGUUGUAUAUUAUCGCUGGCACCUUUUUAACUUAAUUGCAUUCAGAGUUAUUAACUGAAACUCUUUUGUUUAAUUCUCCUUCACCUUAUAGUAUUUUUCUAAAUGUAUCAUACCUCGUUUCUUUAUUUAAUCUUUAGAUUUUUCAGCGCUUAUGUAACAAAAUGCCAUUACAAGCCAUUUAUAAUAAUUUAAUCGGAUAUCAUAUUAUUAUUAUUAUGUAAGAAGUGGUACGUAUUAUGUAUUAAGAUGACUAUUUGAAGCACUUUCUAGCAAGCUGAUAGCCUGAAUGUCAUGUCAUCAGUAUUGGAGCUACAUGUUGAAGAUAAGAUAUUUUAGGAUUGAGGUUUUUUGAUUGAUAUGAUCAUAUGGCACAACAUUCCAGUGUUAAAUCAAUUAUUUGUGCACACAUACAUGCGUGAUCGUACAUGCACAUACACAUAAAACUACUAUCAUGUACUGUAAUUGCUUUUGAGGAGUGUUGAAGUGAGCAAAUAUGAUUGGUCUAUUUGAAGGGAUUUAUGCUUUUUUGUGUUUAUCUUGAUAUCAGAUGAAAGGGUUGUGUCUGAUAUAUAUUUGACUGUUUGAAUGUAUGAAUCGACUAUACGUCAUAUUAAAUGUCUUUGAGGAGAUAUAAUUUCUAUCUCAUUUUAAACAUAUUGAUAUAUGAAGUAGCAAUCGGUGCAGAGAAGCUUGUAACACAGUAAGGUUGUCUAAGUUAACAUUGUGUUACAAAUGCACUCUAAAAAAUCUUUUUGCACUUACAUUUUUAAGUUUAAUCAACUUUACAAGUCGUUUUAACUGUAUUGACUUGUGAUGAGUUGCUGUAACUUAUAAAAGUAAGUUGAUAUAACUAAAGCAAAUUUAACUUGAUUCAACUCAUCACUUGUAAUGACUUGUUAAUCCUAGUUGAUUAAACUUUAAAAAGUGCAAAAUUAUAUUGUUAUGAACAAUACUUGUACAGCAUCUUUUAAUCUUGGUUAUGUAACCUUAACUGAAACUUAAAUAAACAUGAAUGAACAUAAACCAAGAUUAACGAAAGUUGUGUAAGUGUUUAGUUCAGUGUUAUUUCAGGAGACCUAUAAUGCAUAUGUUAACGGAUUAUUGAACCUGUUUGUAAAGUGUUAGCGGCGACUCAUUUCAGUUUAUAUUAUUUAUAUUAAAGUCUGAGUGUUACAAACAUUAAGAUGGUGAAGUUACUGUAGUGAAACAGACUUUAUAUGAAUGGACUUUCAUGUUUACAGUAUUACAUAGCUUAUUAAAGACUUUGAGGUAACUUAUUUUAAAUCGAUGGUAUUUAGUAGUUGUGUUAUUUAUCUUACAGACUGGCACAUGCUUAUCGUCUAUAGAAAUUCAUGAAGAUUUCUUUCUUUCUUUGCCCAUAAAGGCAGCUGAUUUCUCCUUAUUUGUUUGUUUUUGAUUUACUCUGAUUAAAAGAUGUCCUUUAGAAAAUAUGAUAUUAAAGUUCUAUCUAUUGAAAAGA